AUGUCAGCACACUUCUAUCCUCCUCCGCCUGGAGGCGACCAGCAGCAGCAACAGCACUUCCAACCACCACCUUCCAGCAGUCCGCAGCAGAAUUACUACCCACCUCCACCGCCCUCAGAACAGCCAUCCGCUCCCCGAAUCCAGACGGCGCCAGCUCCUCAAUUCGCUCCCCCGCCCUCAGUCUCACCCAUACAAGAUGGCAACUCUUCCAAUGCGUCCACAAGCCGACAGUCGGAGAAGCCUUUGCCCAUAUACCCCGGCCCACCUUCAGAGUCGUAUCCGCAAGAGAGGCAGAAGCAGGCGCAGACAUCAGAGCAGGAAGUUGUCCCUAUGACACCGCGAACGCCAGGCUUCAUGCGAACACCUGGUGGAGCUCCGCCGCAAGGCCAGUUUGUCGGCGCUGGGUCGACGGUCGAUGAUGUAGGCACCUUCAACGGAGGCUCCUACCGCAUCAGCCACAGGGACAGCAACACCAUUUGCACCGUCCAAUUGGCAGUAGGCUGUCCAUUGACAGUCGCGCCUGGACUUAUGAUCGCCAUGUCACCUACCAUGACCCUCAAAGGCGCAAUGAAGUUCAGCCUGAAGAAGUUCGCGAUGGGCGGGGAGAUGAACCACAGCACGUUCACCGGUCCGGGAGAGUUGCUGCUUGCGCCGAAUAUGCUGGGUGAUGUGACGAACAUUCGCUUGACGGGUGAGGAGACCUGGAGUGUCGGCAAAGAUGCGUUCAUGGCGUGUACGCAGGGUGUCGUGAAGGACUACAAGAGUCAGAGCUUCAGCAAAGCGAUGUUUUCUGGCGAGGGGCUGUUCGUGUACAAGAUGAGUGGGAUAGGCAUAUGCUGGAUCAUGAGCAUGGGUGCCAUCAUUCGGAAGGAUCUCCGAGAAGGCGAAAAGUACAUCAUCGACAACGGUCAUUUGGUCGCCUGGAACUGCAAGUACAUCCUCGAGCGUAUCGCAAGUGGCGGUAUCAUCAGCAACAUCAGCGCUGGUGAGGGACUGGUGUGCAAGUUUACAGGACCAGGAACUGUUUUCAUGCAGACGAGAAACCCUGCAGCGUUCGCGCAAUACAUGUCUGCCCAUGCGGCGGCUUGA